AUGAGCGCGCUCUUUCGUGACGGACAGUCUGUUCAGGCGUCUUAUGAGCUGCUGACUAGAAUAAACCUCAAUAAAUCUAGCCCUGGGAAGUCUAUUCCGCGAAGUUCACCCGCAGAGGACGAGAUUUUGGAACUGGCCAGUGCAGAAGAAUUGGACGGUGUUUCAUGUACAAAAACAAAUGAAGAUGUGUUAAGACAGCUUCAACUGCUUUUCAGGGAUCAAGUGGAGAUCGUUAAUCUGCGUUUCCCUUGUUUACAAGGGUUAGAAAUUAACCAGCGGACAAAAGUGAUUGUGUCCAAAAUUCGAAUUUGCGAGUUUUUACAACAGGGAACAGCCGCAGCAAUUGAAGUGCCAUGUAGUCAAUCAGGAUAUGACGUUUUCAUCCGGAACCAUUCUUACCAUAGUGUUGUUGUAGAAUGUCCGCUGGAGAAAACGUUUUUGCAGAGUUUGUGUGGACAAAAUGUGUGUAUGCUUUUGUCGCGAGAAUUGAUCCAUUUGUUGCGAACCGACAAUUUUGAGCUGGAAGCAUCGCUUAUGGCACUCAACUCGAGGUCGGUAACAUUGGGCGGCCCGAGUUUUGAUAGCUUGUUUGAAGAUAUGCAAAGACUGGUGAAAAAUCCCUUUUACAGAUUCCCACCCAGACCUUGGAAAUCUGCCCUGGCAGGCAGUACACUUGCGUUCCAAGAGACGACUCCCAGAGUACUGGGAGCACGAAAAAGGGAAAUGGUGACCCACGACAUCAAACUCAACAAGGCGGAGAUCACGUUUUUGAUCGGACAUUUGGGAACUACAAUCCAGCGAAUCCGAGAAGAAUCUGGAGCGACAAUCAAGAUAAUUCCAAUCAGUUCACGACUCACACAAGCCCAGCAGAACCGUCCAAAGUCCGUGGAACAGCAUUUAAGUAUCACUGGUGAGAUCGAUGCCGUGACAAGAGCUGUAUGUCUCAUCGAAGCCCAAUUGACGUUGAACAGAAAAUAG